AAGGCAGUCAAUCGUUAACAGAUUUCACGGACAGAAGUAGUUUGUUAGAAGGAAAGUUAAAUUAUUUGGGAAAUGGAGCGCAUUUUUUUCUUCAUCAUUUGUUGUUUUUUAGGACUCGUAAAAAGUGAUACAGAAGAUGACGGAUAUUCCGGUGAAGUAAAAGAAUUGUUUCAAGAUCUCAAAGACUUUAGAUCAAACGUCCAAACGGCACAAGAAAAGAUGGCGUCUUUCUCUUAUGAAACCAUGGAUAGAAAGUAUGCAAUAGGACUUGUCAACCUAUACACACAACAAAGUCCUUUUUACAGUACUUUAAACAAGGAAAUGCGCAACAACUACCCCACAAAGACUGAUAUCUGGCAACGAUCUGGUGAUCUAAUUAACAGGGGAAUUGACAUUCUCGGACCUACAGAACAUAAAAUUGUAUACAGGGGAUGUACAGCACUGAAUGAGCGUCCUGAAAAAGGACGUGAUUUCAAAUUUAAUCAGAUCACAAGUACCACCUUACUUCGAGAAUUGGCUGUAAUGUUUGCUGACAACGUAUGCCAAAAGGGAAUUCUUUUCGAGAUAUCAAAUGUGUAUGGAUUAUUGGUUGAAAAGUACUCAGCAUUUAAAACUGAAAAAGAGGUAAUAAUAAAGUCCUACCAUGUCUUCAAAGUAAAGGAACCUGAGCAAACAGAAAAGCUUACAAUUUACAAACUUGAUGGUCAAUCAGAAUCUAUAAACUCGGGCAAUAGAGCAUAUGCAGACAUUCUAAUGCCAUUUUCAUUUGUUACCGUCUUAAUUCUAACUCUAGGUUUAUAAUUUACGGAUGAAAAUAGGUUUGUCUUUGAAUUAUAGAAAAGACAUUCAAAUCAUUAAUUUUUUUUAGAACAUUUAGAAUAUUACUUAAAAUCGUAAUAGAUUUUCAAUGUAUAUUUUUGUACAUUAACAUAUUAUUUUCAUUUUUUGUAUAUGUAACAUUUUACUAACUAUUUUCAUACAAAAACAUUGACGUCAAUUAAAAUAAGAUCGAAAUUCUUAUGAACAUCAGCUAGUGAACUUAAAACUAAAAAAAAACAUUUAAAUGAUGGUGGGGAAAUAAACUUAAGGAGGGAUUGAAAAAUACAUUUGAAGCCUCUUACAAACGCUUUAUAUGUUUUGUUCAUGUGGCUAUUAAUGGUUUAUUUACUAUUGAAUGUCAAUAUUUUCAACAUCAGACAGUAUUCUUUUACAAAAUUGAUCAGUUAUUUGAUUAGUUAGAGUUAUUUUAUCCAGGCAAACAUUUGACGUUAAAUAAACAUUAUAUUAACAUUUAAA